AUGUUGAUCGUCUUCUUUUUCUCGUCUUCCCCAGAAGGGGCGGAGCAGGAUGGAGGCAAGAAGGAGCAAUGGCAAGCUUGGAGCGGACAGGGUCACACUCUGGGGAGCACAGGGAGGUCUGCUGUGGUGAUCAACAGCAGCAAGGAAGCAGAGGCGAAGCUGCGAGCCAUGGCGGCAGCUGAGCGGCGGCUCGGCCACUCCAGAACCUCGUGGGAGGAAGAGGAGCGUCAGGCGGCGCUGCAGCACCUGCAGAUGGACCGAGAGAGGAAGACGAGACUGGCUGCAGCGGCUGAAAGGCGAAUGCAGGAGGGAUCGUUGAGAGGAAGAGCGAUCAGGCCCACCAUGCAAGUUCCGCAAGCAAGCAAAGGACCUCCUGGGAGGAGAAGCACGUACGAAGACGUGCAAGGAAUGGAGUUUGAGGAGGAGGAUGGGAGAUACGAGUUCUUGAGACCGAUGCGAUACGAUGGCCCGAGCAGAACGUGGGGGAGGGAGGCGGAGGAGGCGGAGGAGGCGGAGGAGGCGACGUUCAGUCCAGAUUCGUUGACGAGGAUCAGUCAAGUUGCCUCCAUGAUCAACAAGAUGGAUUUCACAUUGGGAUCCACACAGUCGCAACCUCUUCCUAUCUUCUCUACAGCUUACUCUGGUUUGGACUCGAGGAUUGAUCCAACUGUGUCAAGAGCGCGGGGUCACGAUGAUGCUGAUGAUGCUGAUGAUGCUGCCCUUGCUCGCGCUCGUCGCCUCCUCGCAGCCGCCAAGACGAGCAUGCCUGGUUUGUUCACAGAAGGCGAGACAGCGGCAGCCGGGAGGAACAGCCUGCAUGACAUGACGGAGGAGGAGGAGGAGGACUUCCUCAGCAGAAUCCGUCAGACAGCCAGGAGCAUCUUGAACGUGCAGGAGGAGAAUCUUGAGCAGACCGAGGAUUUCAGCGAGGGCAUCCCGCCCUUCACGUCAGAGUCGAUCUCUUCUCCAUUUAGGAUGGAGCGGGAGCGGGAGCAAGAGAGGGAGAGGGAGAGGGAGAGGGAGAGGGAGAGGGAGAGGGAGAGGGAGAGGGAGAGGGAGAGGGAGAGGGAGGAGCGGGUUCUGGUGAGCAGGAAAACGGAGGAGGUUGGAAUUCAGGCAGACGUCGAGCGAGAGAUUUCCAGCCCAGCUGCAAAGACCUGGCACUCGCACAAGGCACUGCAUGUCAAUGUUUCGGAGCUGAGGCUGCGAAGGAGGAUCGCCAGAGGAGAGGAGGAGGAGGAGGAGGAGGACGAGGAGGAGGAGGGUUCCUGCAGCUACUACCUCAAGCUGGAGCUGGCGGGCUCGAAGGCCAGGACUGCUUCCCAGCUGGCUCGAGGAGGAGAAGUGAGCUGGUCGGAGGACUUCCAGUUUCACCUGCCGUCGGACGCCUCCAAGUUGGCGCUGCAGGGGAAGGUGGUGAAGGUGAAGCAGUACGACUCCAGGUCAUACCCAGUUGACAUCCUGCUGGGCUCUUGCUCGCUCCCUCUCCCUCCCCUCCUCCACGGUCAACCCCAGCUGGUGUGGACCUGGGCGCAGCUGGACUCGGUCCCCCCCGAGAGGGGCAGGGAGCUGCACGUGGCGCUGGAGGUGACGGCAAGCCGCAUGUUCCGGACGCACACGGAGAAGCCUAGAGGAGGGCGAGAGGAGGCGGCAAGCGCGGGAGGAGGAGGAGGGAGGGAGCGGCAGUCGCCUCUGCGUCCCAGCGGUCGGAGGAAGGAGUUGAGCAGCUGGGCCACGAUCAACGAGGAGGCAGGGAGACUGCAGCGCGCAUGGAGGAGCCACCUGGCAAGGAAGAUGUUGAGGAGGAGGAGGGAGGUGAGAAAGCGGCUGGGGAGGAGCGAAGAGCCGGCGGAGACGAUCUCAGACGCGCUCAGCAAGCUCAAGAAAAAGACAGCUGGCGGGCGGUCGAUCUUGGGGGAGGAGAAGAGCGGGCACUGCCGAGACCGGAGGCAGCACUAA